AUGUCUGAGAGGACGGGUCCAGAUUGUACAUAUCUAUUCUGUGAGUAUGUUAUAGAGCUUUACCGUGACAUAUACUUGCAACAUCCGACUAAAAGUGAUGUCGAACAGUUGUAUGCCGCGCAUGAAGCUAAACAUGGUUUUCCAGGGAUGCUUGGUAGUAUUGAUUGUACACAUUGGGAGUGGGCAAAUUGUCCCAAUGCGUGGCGUGGUCAAUUUACGCGAGGAGAUCAUGGGGUCCCGAUUGUUAUAUUGGAGGCGGUUGUUUCAAACGACCUAUGGUUUUGGCAUGCAUUCUUUGGUAUGGCGGGGUCAAACAAUGACCUGAAUGUGCUUCACGCGUCUCCGUUAUUUAACGACAUUUUGCAGGGUAAAGCACCAGAUACGUCAUACGUUGUGAAUGGAAAUGAAUACAAGUAUGGAUAUUACCUAUGUGAUGGGAUAUAUCCAGAGUAUGCUACAUUUGUUAAGUCUUUUUCGUUUACAGCCGAUGAGAAACGAAAGUUGUUCAAGUUAGCACAGGAAUCUGCACGGAAGGAUGUUGAAAGAGCGUUUAGAGUCCUAAAACAAAGGUGA